AGACGGGAACAUUGCGUUGGCCGACGCUCCGCCUCCUUCUGGGCGAGGGAUGAUUGAGACGUCGCGGCGGGCGAGAGCCAACCACUUGUGGUCUAUGCGGCAGCAGUCAGACACAGCCUGAGGGGUGAAAUGGCCCGUGCAGUCAACAUAUCUCCAUUCGCUUCUUAUACAGUCGUACCAAUUACCUCGGCAUGGCCACCGGACGACUUGAAAGCCGAUCGAGUUCAACUUGCCAGUUUCACGACUGGAAAAGCUCUGCUAGCCAUUGCCAUUCUUGCAAUGAUUAUUAUGACAACGGUCGGCAAUGCGCUGGUUUGCUUAGCAGUUUUACUGGUACGAAAGUUGAAACAUCCUCAAAAUUUUCUUUUGGUCUCACUGGCAGUGGCGGACUUUUUCGUGGGGCUCGUUGUGAUGCCACUUGCACUGAUUGACCUUCUCUUCGAUAAAUGGCCACUUGGAAGCACCAUGUGUUCGGUGUACACAACAUCCGACCUAACGCUAUGCACUGCUUCAAUUGUGAAUCUGUGUGCAAUAUCAGUUGAUAGAUAUCUGGUGAUUUCAAGUCCACUUCGGUAUUCUGCAAAACGAACAACUAAACGUAUCAUGAUGUAUAUUGCCUGUGUAUGGAUCAUCGCUGCCAUUGUGAGCAUUUCGUCGCACAUUAUCGCAAAUCUUCUGAACGACGGCACUUAUGUCGAUGACACGGGAACUUGUCAGGUCAUCCCUCAUUUCAUCUAUCAAAGCUAUGCUACAAUUAUCUCAUUCUAUGCGCCAACAUUUAUCAUGGUCAUCUUGAACAUCAAAAUUUGGCGAGCAGCAAAACGAUUGGCAGCUCAAGACAGGUUGAUGUCUCACUGUAACUCUGUGGAUGCCUCCGAACGGCCACGAAAUGGAUCAGCUGAGACAAAGGAUUUCCUGAAUGAGAAAGAAACAAUUGAUGUUCCGAAAAAAGAGCGGGCCAAUUCAACAAACUCGAGGCUUUUCAAGUUGGAACGUAAAUAUCUUCAUCGACCCAGUGCAUUCUUUUCGGCUGCAAAAGGACCAUUGAUUCGGCAGACGGAGAAAAGUGAAUGCAAAGCCCGGAAAACAUUGGGGGUCAUCAUGUCAGUGUUCAUUAUUUGCUGGCUCCCAUUCUUCAUUCUUGCCAUAUUCAAGUCUUUCGGCAUGUGGAUCCCGGAUUGGUUGGAUCUGCUAGCACUGUGGUUAGGCUACUCAAAUAGCACAUUAAAUCCAUUGAUCUACUGCAAGUACAACAAAGAGUUUCGAAUACCAUUCCGUGAAAUGCUUGCUUGUCGCUGUGCUACUUUACAGACUGUAAUGCGACAACAAAGCUUCACCAGCCGCUACGGACCUCCUGUUCGCUACCGAACCCAAUCUUCCAGCUAUCGACCGCUUCUAUCUCGACGCAAUGACAGUCACGAAGCAAGUGACGUCUAGCACACUACACAUUAUGUACCAUUUCAUAAUUUAUUAACUAUUUUUUUCUCAUCUGAUUUAUUCUCAUUUUCAAUUUGUCGGUACACAAGUAAGGUUACGUGACUUUCCUCUCCCGUUGUAUAAUGCUUCUCAUGCUUUCUAGCAUUGCAAUUAUGUGCAUUUCAGAAGGUGUGUGACACCUAUUGCCUCAACUUUGUAUAAAGUUUUAUAACUUCUGAAUAAAUGUAUUGGA